AUGACUAGCAGUAUUAUCCCAGGUGUUUACACACCUAUCGUCACUUUCUACAAGGCAGAUGGUUUCACUAUUGACUACGAAACCCAGAUAGCACAUGCCAAGUAUCUCAAGAAGUCUGGAAUUACCGGACUUGUAGUUCUUGGUUCUACUGGAGAGAAUGCUCUUCUUUCUGGGUAUGAACGUCAUACGAUCAUCUCCAGAAUACGCCAGGCUCUUCCAGACUUUCCAAUUAUUGGUGGCAUUGCCAAGAACAACCUUUCUGAGGCCAUAGCUGAAAUCUCGGCUGUUAAGAAGGCUGGUGCAAAUAUUGCAAUGGUGUUGCCAUCUAAUUACUACGGUAAUGACACUUCACAGGAGGGUCUUUACGAUUGGUAUACCGAAGUUGCCGACAACUCAGCUUUGCCACUAAUAAUAUACGUGUAUCCGGGUGUCUGUAACGGUCUUUGUAUUCAGCCCCGCAUAGUCAGGCGUUUGUGCUCCCACAAAAAUAUUAUUGGUUGCAAAUGCUCGCACGGCGACGUUCAGCAAUACACCCAAAUUUCUUUGAGUCCAGAAGUCGCAGCAAAUAACUUCUCAUUUUUCUCCGGUCAAGGUCAGCUAUUAGUCCCAUUACUUGCAAUCAACGGUAAGGGUGUUGUUGAUGCUCUCUCUGGUGCUUUUCCUAAGACGUUCGUUGCAAUAUAUAAUGCUUUAAAAGCCGGGGACUUUGAGACAGCCAAAAAAUAUCAGUAUGUGGCCGCGGAGGCCGAAGUCUUGGCUGUGAGAGCUGGCUUUUUGGGUAUCAAGAGGGCCAUUCGUGACAACCUUGGCUUUGGAGAGACCAUUGUUGGAAGAAAACCUAUGAACCACCCUCAAUCUGAGGAAGUUUGGGCUUCAGAGUUCCAGAGUUGCUUUGACAUAAUAAAGAAGCUCGAGGACACUCUUUAG